AUGUCCCAGCCUCCGACACCAUCUAGCGUUGAGACUGAUGAUUCAUGGCCUCCGUUCUCCGAGGCAGAAUUGCAGUGCUAUCAGAACUCGAUCGAGAAUUCCUCCACGUCCCCUAUCCAGGACAUGACUCUUGAGAAAGAAGAGCAGACUCACAACGAUGGUCUUGCUGCAGAUUCUGAGACCUCUUCUGCCGAACAUGACGCUCUCAAGCCUGGGACGUCAUCGGAGUCAGAAUUAAUGUCCACCUGGGGAUUCAUCGAGCGUUCUCCCAUACCCCCUCCCAAGCCGUGCAAGUCCCUUCCCGACCCGACCGAGUUCGCCUCUCUGAAGGGGAAAAAACAGACUCACUCUGUUCGUUUUGCUGAGGAUUCUGAGAUUGCCUCUAAUAAAGCCAAAAGGCCCAAGCCAGGCUUCCUUGAAGAUUCGAUUUUGGCCGUUUACAAUUCUACGCAGGAGAUGCAGAAGCAGUUUGAGAAGGAGCCCGGAUGUGAUACCACGGAUGUUACAUUCUUCCGGUGUCGGAUGAUAUGGUAUCUGCAGGAAGUAAUGUCACUACUAAUCACAGACCUCAGAUUCUUGGACCACGAGCCGGUUAUUGCGGAGAUACUUCGCAAGCGCCUUGGUAGAGAUCUCAGACUUAUUCAAGCGAGGCUGAGUAUCCUCGAAAGCGAGAAGAAUUGUCAUCAACAGCUUCUCUCGAGCCUUGAGUCACGCUUGUCUGAGUUGGAGACCAAGGUGAAGGGACUAGAGGCCUGUCGCGAUCGGAAGAUUGUGGAGGUGCAUGAUGAUGAUGAUGACGAUGAUGAUGAUGAGACUUCAGCUGAGGCUCGGACUCAGAUUCAGAGUCAGAUUGAAACUGAGAUUCAGGUUCAACUUUAG